GGACCAAUUAUUAUCUUCAUCGCAAUCGUAGAAAAAAAAUUAAAUUAAAAGCUUCUUUAAUUGUGAUCUUUGUAAACGAAAUUGAAUAGUUCAAAAACUAUUUAUCCCAAAGUUGGUUAAUUAAUAAUUAUAUUCAACUCUGAACUACACAGUGUUGUACACGUGUACACCGCGGUUGCAAAUAAAAUACAAUCUAGUGAAUCUACCAACCGUCUUGUACACGAGCUCAACCGUGACUUAAGAAGUUAAGGUAUAAGAUAUUUACACAUAUAUUAUCUUAAUUCAUGAUUUAUCAUGACUUUGAGCAAUAAAACCACGAUUAAAAAAGAAAGAAAGAUUAUAUUUUUAAUUGUGAACAAAACACAUAAUCUUAUUUCUUAAUAUGACUUUAGACCGCGGCUGUGGCAGUGUUAGUGUGGUGUACUAAAUACUGAUGUUCAUUGUUCAAUACCAUUAACCACGUAUAACUAAUUCCUUAUAAUCAAAUUAUAUUAUCUUACUGUGACACGGACGGAACGAAGUUACUAUUUUAUUUUAAACGAUUUUUAGAAGGUAUCAGCUAUCUUGUAUUCUUGUGGAAUGUGGAUCAGAGUGAUCAGACCAUAGAAAAAAGAUUCAGACUGAUCAGACUUCAGAGUGUCAGACUACUCUGACUUCUGAGAUCUAGCUGAUCUAUAUUCUAUUCACACGUCAUUUCUAUAGGUUCAUAUUUUCUUAUUCCUGGUAUUCGUCCUUUUUUCGGGUUAUUACUCUGUAGACUAAAGUUUUAACUCUUUUUUAGAUGCACUGAGUUAUCAAAUGUAUUUUCCAGAAGCACUUUAUAGCUGCUUUAUGACUACAAGAUUCAAACAUCAAUUAAUGUUUUGUAUUUCAUUGUAGUAACAUUGUUUGUAUAAAUAUUAUUUAUUAUAGAAACUACCUAUUAUUAUUUAUUCUAAACUAAUUUUUAUAAUUCUGAUACUUCCAUUAAAAAUUUCAUUGUUAAAAUAUAAGUUUGAUAUGUGGGUGUCUACUAAUGAAACUUUUAAUAAUGCUCCAAUGCUUUUUCAAUUCAGUCAAAAAAAUAAUUUUUGUAUUUUUAAUUUUACCAACAUGAAACAAUUAUACUCAAAAGAAAUACACGAAUCUUUAUUUUCUUCAAUAUACUCGUCAGCCAAUAAAAUUGAAGUUGAUGUUAAAAACGUUAUUGAAUAUAUGAAAAAAAUUGGAGAGAUGAAAAAUGUAAAUUAUAAUUUUUAUCAAGACAAUUUAUCUAUUAAAGCAGAUUUAAUAAUAACACUAUCUGAAGGAUUUCCUCCAUUUAAAUUGGAAUUGGAAUUGGAACUAAAAGAUGAAAAUAUUUUUUAUUCCAAAUUGACUUGCCCAUUAUUGAAAAUAAUAAAACAAUUAAAACAAAAUCAAGAAGAUCUAUUUGAUAUUAUAAAAAAAAAAGAUUUGGAAAUUUCGGAAUACAAAUUAGUAGGAGGCAAUAUUUCAAACGAAAAUAUUAAGACAGAAAUUUUUGAAAAAGAUAAUUUUUUUAUGAAUUCAUUGCAAAAUCAUAAAGAUUUAGUUGAGGAGAUUCCAUAUUUGUAUGAAGUAUAUUCAUCUUUAAUUGAACAGUAUAACAUCAUAAGACAUCCUGAUGUAAAUAAAGAAUCAAAUAGCAUAUCAACUAAAGAGGAAAAUCAAAAAAUUCAAACAAAAAGUAUAAUAAAUAAUAGUAUAGAUCAUAAAACUAUAAAAAGUUCAACUACAAUGGAAAUAACCAAUACAUCAAUUAAUGUUAAAAAGCGUAAAAAUUCUUCAUUGUUAAAAAGUCUUUGAAAUUAUUAUUAUUAUUUAAUAAUAAAACACACAAUAUUAUAA